CGGCGGCGGCAUCCCGGAUCCGCGGAUGCGCUGCCCAUCCCCAUCCCCGUCCCCAUCCCCAGCCCCAUCCCCGCGCGGAAGGGACACCUGAGGCUCCGGCAGGCGGGCGGGGAUCGCCGCCGUUGGCAAGGGGAGAGAGCGGCGGGGGAAGGCGGGCCGGCGCUGGCUGUGUGUGCCGGUGGGCAGGGGGCUGGUUAUCAUGGCGGAUCGGACGGCUCCGCGCUGCCAGCUCCGGCUGGAGUGGGUGUACGGAUACCGGGGCCACCAGUGCCGCAACAACCUGUACUACACGGCAGGGAAAGAGGUGGUGUACUUCGUGGCUGGAGUCGGCGUGGUUUACAACACCAGGGAGCACAGCCAGAAAUUCUUCCUCGGGCACAACGAUGAUAUUAUCAGCCUGGCAGUGCACCCGGAUAAAACGCUGGUGGCCACGGGGCAGGUGGGGAAGGAUCCCUACAUCUGCAUCUGGGACUCGUUCCGCGUCCAGACCGUGUCUGUCCUGAAGGAUGCGCACACGCACGGCGUGGCCUGCCUGGCCUUCGACUCGGACGGCCAGCGCUUGGCUUCCGUGGGACUGGAUGCCAAAAACACAGUGUGCAUUUGGGACUGGAAGAGAGGAAAGCUCCUGGCAACAGCUACAGGCCAUUCUGACAGGAUAUUUGAUAUUUCCUGGGAUCAGUACCAGCCAAACAGAAUUGUCAGCUGUGGAGUAAAACACAUAAAGUUCUGGACCUUGUGUGGGAACGCCCUGACAGCAAAGAGAGGAAUAUUUGGUAAAACAGGAGAUCUCCAGACAAUCCUGUGUUUAGCCUGUGCUAAAGAAGACAUCACCUACUCGGGGGCUUUGAACGGGGACAUCUAUGUUUGGAAAGGGCUCAACCUGGUCCGCACAAUUCAAGGAGCACACGGUGCUGGGAUUUUCAGCAUGUAUGCUUGUGAGGAAGGCUUUGCCACGGGAGGGAGAGAUGGCUGCAUCCGCCUGUGGGACACCGAGUUCAAACCAAUCACUAAAAUCGAUCUCAGGGAGACUGAACAAGGAUACAAAGGGCUGUCCAUCCGCAGCGUGUGCUGGAAAGCCGACAGGCUGCUGGCAGGGACCCAGGACAGCGAGAUCUUCGAGGUGCUCGUCAGGGAGAGGGACAAGCCCAUGCUGAUCAUGCAGGGCCACUGCGAGGGGGAGCUCUGGGCCCUGGCCGUGCAUCCCAAGAAACCUCUGGCAGUGACGGGCAGCGACGAUCGCUCCGUGCGGUUGUGGAGCCUGGCUGACCACGCCUUGAUCGCGCGCUGCAACAUGGAGGAGGCCGUGCGGAGCGUGUCCUUCAGUCCUGACGGAUCCCAGCUGGCUCUUGGCAUGAAGGAUGGCUCCUUCAUUGUCCUCAGAGUGAGGGACAUGACGGAGGUGGUUCACAUCAAGGACCGCAAGGAGGUGAUCCAUGAGAUGAAGUUCUCCCCUGACGGCUCCUACCUGGCCGUGGGCUCCAACGACGGCCCCGUGGACAUCUACGCCGUGGCCCAGAGAUACAAAAAAAUCGGGGAGUGCAGCAAAUCCUCCAGUUUCAUCACUCACAUCGACUGGUCUGUGGACAGCAAGUUCCUGCAGACCAACGAUGGCGCUGGGGAGAGGCUCUUCUACAAGAUGCCCUCUGGGAAGCAUCUCACGAGCAAAGAUGAGAUCAAAGGAAUUCACUGGGCCUCGUGGACCUGUGUGAUAGGAUCUGAAGUGAGUGGGAUUUGGCCAAAGUACACAAACAUCACAGAUGUCAACUCUGUGGAUGGGAAUUACAGCAGCUCCGUGCUGGUGACUGGUGAUGACUUUGGGCUGGUGAAAUUAUUCCGAUUUCCGUGCCUAAAGAAAGGAGCUAAAUUCAGGAAAUACGUUGGCCACUCAGCCCAUGUCACCAAUGUGCGCUGGUCCCAUGAUUUCCAGUGGGUUUUGAGCACGGGAGGUGCUGAUCACUCUGUUUUUCAGUGGAGAUUUGUUCCAGAAGGGAUAACCAAUGGCGUCCUGGAAGCCUCUCCACAAGCAGAGGGUGGUGUUGAUUCCUACAGUGAGGAAUCAGAUUCAGAUUUAUCCGACGUGCCAGAGCUGGAUUCUGACAUUGAGCAGGAAGCUCAAAUCAACUACGAUCGCCAGGUUUACAAAGAAGACCUACCUCAGCUAAAACAGCAAAGUAAAGAGAAAAACCAUUCUGUGCCCUUCCUUAAGAGAGAGCGAGCGCCCGAGGACAGCUUGAAGCUGCAGUUCAUACAUGGGUACAGGGGCUAUGACUGCAGGAACAACCUGUUCUACACGCAGGCAGGAGAGGUGGUUUAUCACAUCGCCGCCGUGGCCGUCGUCUACAACCGGCAGCAGCACUCGCAGCGCCUCUACCUCGGCCACGACGACGACAUCCUCAGCCUCAGCAUCCACCCCAUCAAGGACUACGUGGCCACUGGGCAGGUUGGAAGAGAUGCUGCCAUCCACGUUUGGGACACCCAGACCCUGAAAUGUUUGUCCUUGCUCAAAGGCCAGCACCAGAGAGGAGUGUGUGCGCUGGAUUUCUCAGCUGAUGGGAAAUGUUUGGCAUCUGUUGGGCUGGAUGACAACCAUGCCAUCGUGUUCUGGGACUGGAAAAAGGGAGAAAAGCUGGCAACAACCAGGGGCCAUAAAGAUAAAAUAUUUGUUGUGAAGUGCAAUCCACAUCAUGUGGACAGACUAGUCACAGUUGGGAUGAAGCACAUCAAAUUUUGGCAGCAAACAGGGGGAGGCUUCACGUGCCGCCGGGGCACGUUUGGCAGCGCGGGGAAGCUGGAGACCAUGAUGAGCGUGGCGUACGGGCGCGAGGAGCUCGUCUUCUCCGGGGCCGCCACUGGGGACAUCUUCAUCUGGAAGGACACCCUGCUGCUGAGGACAGUGAAGGCCCAUGAUGGACCUGUGUUUGCCAUGCACGCCCUGGACAAGGGCUUUGUAACGGGUGGAAAAGAUGGAAUUGUGGCCCUUUGGGAUGAUAUGUUUGAGAGAUGUCUGAAGACAUAUGCUAUUAAAAGAGCAGCACUCUCUGCUAGUUCUAAAGGUUUACUUUUAGAAGACAACCCCUCCAUCCGAGCCAUCAGCCUGGGGCAUGGGCACAUCCUGGUAGGAACUAAAAAUGGAGAAAUACUUGAAAUUGAUAAAAGUGGGCCUAUGACUCUGCUAGUUCAGGGCCACAUGGAAGGAGAAGUGUGGGGGCUGGCAGCUCACCCCCUGCUGCCCGUCUGCGCCACCGUGAGCGACGACAAAACCCUGCGCAUCUGGGAGCUGUCGGCUCAGCACCGCAUGCUGGCAGUCAGGAAACUCAAAAAAGGCGGGCGCUGCUGCGCCUUCUCCCCCGACGGGAAGGCGCUGGCCGUGGGGCUGAACGACGGCAGCUUCCUGGUGGUCAACGCUGACACUGUGGAGGACAUGGUCUCCUUCCACCACAGGAAGGAGAUGAUCUCGGAUAUCAAGUUUUCCCGAGAAUCAGGCAAGUACCUGGCUGUGGCUUCCCACGAUAACUUUGUGGACAUUUACAACGUCCUGACCAGCAAAAGAGUCGGCAUUUGCAAAGGUGCCUCCAGCUACAUCACCCACAUCGACUGGGACUCCAGAGGAAAGUUAUUGCAAGUCAAUUCUGGUGCCAAAGAACAACUAUUUUUUGAAGCACCCAGGGGGAAAAGACAUAUUAUAAGAAUUGCUGAGAUAGAGAAGAUCGAGUGGGACACGUGGACGUGUGUGCUCGGCCCCACGUGCGAGGGGAUCUGGCCCAUGCACAGCGAUGUCACCGUGGUCAACGCCGCCAGCCUCACCAAGGACAGGACCCUGCUGGCCACAGGAGAUGACUUUGGCUUCGUCAAGCUCUUCUCCUACCCAGUGAAGGGCCAGCACGCCAGGUUCAAGAAGUACGUGGGGCACAGUGCCCAGGUGACCAACGUGCAGUGGCUGCACAACGACUCCGUGCUCCUCACCGUGGGCGGCGCCGACACCGCCCUCAUGAUCUGGACCAGGGAGUUCCUGGGCAUCCAGGAGAGCAAGCUGGUGGACAGUGAGGAGUCAGACACUGAUGCAGAAGAGGAUGGAGGAUAUGACAGUGAUGUUGCAAGAGAAAAAGCAAUUGACUACACCACUAAGAUCUAUGCAGUGAGCAUCCGGGAAAUGGAAGGCACAAAACCCCAUCAGCAGCUGAAGGAGGUUUCAGUGGAAGAGAGGCAGGGAAUUGUCAAGGGAUCAAGGCCACCUGUGAGCAGAGCUGCUCCUCAGCCCGAGAAGCUGCAGAAGAACAACGUCAACAAAAAGAAGAAACUGGUUGAGGAGCUGGCUCUGGACCACGUGUUUGGAUACAGAGGGUUUGACUGUCGCAACAACCUGCAUUACCUGAACGAUGGUGCUGACAUCAUCUUCCACACUGCUGCAGCAGGCAUUGUCCAGAACCUCUCCACUGGUAGCCAGAGCUUCUACCUGGAGCACACUGAUGACAUCCUGUGCCUGACAGUGAACCAGCACCCCAAGUACAAGAACGUGGUGGCCACCAGCCAGAUCGGUGACAUGACAGAAUUCCCAGGUACAACCCCCACAAUUCACAUCUGGGAUGCCAUGAGCAAGCAAACCCUUUCCAUGCUGCGCUGCUUCCACACCAAAGGGGUCAACUACGUGAACUUCAGCGCCACUGGCAAACUGCUGGUGUCAGUGGGAGUGGACCCAGAGCACACCAUCACUGUCUGGAGGUGGCAGGAAGGGGCUAAAGUUGCCAGCAGGGGAGGGCACCUGGAGAGGAUCUUUGUUGUGGAGUUCCGCCCAGACUCUGACACUCAGUUCGUGUCCGUGGGGGUGAAGCACAUGAAGUUCUGGACCUUGGCUGGCAGCGCUCUGCUCUACAAGAAGGGAGUCAUUGGUUCCAUGGAAGAUGCCAAAAUGCAAACCAUGCUCUCUGUUGCCUUUGGAGCAAAUAACCUGACGUUCACUGGUGCCAUAAAUGGAGAUGUGUACGUGUGGAAGGAUCAUUUCCUGGUCAGGCUGGUGGCCAAGGCUCACACAGGGCCCGUGUUCACCAUGUACACCACGCUGCGUGACGGGCUCAUUGUCACUGGAGGGAAGGAGAGGCCCACCAAGGAGGGGGGAGCAGUGAAGCUGUGGGACCAGGAGAUGAAGCGGUGCCGCGCGUUCCAGCUGGAGACCGGGCAGCUCAUCGAGUGCGUGCGCUCCGUGUGCCGGGGCAAGGGGAAAAUCUUGGUGGGAACAAAGGAUGGAGAAAUCCUGGAAGUCGGAGAAAAAAACGCUGCUUCCAACUUGUUAAUUGACUGUCACAUGGAAGGAGAGAUCUGGGGCUUGGCAACUCACCCCUCCAAAGACAUUUUCAUCUCUGCAAGCAACGACGGAACAGCCAGGAUCUGGGACCUGUCGGACAAGAAGCUGCUGAACAAGGUGAGCCUGGGGCACCCCGCGCGCUGCGCCGCGUACAGCCCCGACGGGGAGAUGGUGGCCAUCGGCAUGAGGAACGGGGAAUUCGUGCUGCUCCUGGGAACCAGCCUCCGCCUCUGGGGCAAGAAAAGGGACAGGAGGGCGCCCAUCCAGGACAUCAGGAUCAGCCCUGAUAACCGCUUCCUGGCUGUGGGAUCCCAGGAACACACCGUGGAUUUCUAUGACCUCACCCAGGGCACCUCCCUGAACCGCAUCGGCUACUGCAAGGACAUCGCCAGCUUUGUCAUCCAGAUGGACUUCUCUGCAGACAGCAGCUACAUCCAGGUAUCCACAGGUGCCUACAAGCGCCAGGUUCACGAGGUGCCCCUGGGAAAGCAAAUCACAGACCCUGCAGUGAUAGAGAAAAUCACCUGGGCCACGUGGACCAGCAUUCUUGGAGACGAAGUCAUUGGGAUCUGGCCUCGGAAUGCGGACAAAGCAGAUGUGAACUGUGCCUGUGUGACCCACGCUGGCCUGAACAUAGUCACAGGAGAUGACUUCGGGCUGGUCAAGCUCUUUGACUUCCCAUGCACAGAGAAAUUUGCCAAACACAAGCGGUACUUCGGGCACUCGGCGCACGUCACCAACAUCCGCUUCUCGCACGACGACAAGUUCGUGGUGAGCACCGGAGGGGACGACUGCAGUGUGUUCGUGUGGCGCUGCCUCUGAGGGACCUCUGGCUGCUGCUGUCCUGCCCCAGUGAGGGCUGUGCUGGCCAGGCCAGCCAGGAACACCCCCCUGGCUGCAGGAAUGCCAGCCCUGCUGCAGGCUGACAUCUCCAGAUCACUCAUCCCAACUUACCAGGAGGGAAGGGGAGCUGGCGUUGGCGAGCCCGACGCCCUUGCCAAGGAAGCUGAGGUUUGAAGGGUAACCCAGGGAUCCCAAAGGAAUGAACAGUUCACUCACAAAGCUGCUUUUGCCUAAUACUGUGUUGUUCAAACCAUGUCUGAAAAGGGAGAAAAAUGCUGACAAAAUGCUGGGCCCUUCAGUUUCCAAAUUUGUGGCUUGAACAAAGUUCAAGAAGUGGGUGGGUUUUAACCAUGCCUGCUAAAAACUCCAGUUGGGUGCACUCAGUAAAGCUGGGAGCAUUUAAUGAGCAGACUGGGGAGGGGGGAGGCCACCCUCCAGCUUUCAUUAAUUGAAGGAGUAAAGUAUCCUUUUUUUUUUUAAAGUCCAUUUUAUUUUUAAAUAUAUAUAUUUGGCAGAAUUUUCUAUCCAUGAAGUGCCUUGGAAUAAUUUUCUAGUAGUUGGGCUGCAGCCUUGCCUCCCCCCACCUGCUUUCCACACGGUGCUAUGACUCUCACCCAGAGGAGGGCUAAACCAUUCUCACCUUUUCCAGCUGGGUACUUACAUGAUCCCUGUUUUCUGCUUUGGGUUUUUAAUACCUUCACAAGCAAAUUCCCCACUAGCUCUGUGCUGGCAGAAGGCCAAAGGGAUGGCAUUCCAGCUCCUGGGCAGCUGCUCCUGCAGCCAGCAGUGCAAGCUAACUCCAGCAGUGAGUGAGAGGAGAGGCUUUGGACAGACUUGGUUCAAGAGAAUUUAACACCAGGAUGGAGGGAGUCAUUCCCCAAGUGUUCCUGCAUGCUCCCCAUUUCUGGGAAAAUGUGCUUUACACUCCUACGGCAGUGGUCAGCCAGAAUCUUGGCCUGGUGGGAAAGCUUCCAUCAAUCCCUGGUCCUGUUCUGGAGGGGAAUCCCUGGAAUGUCCCCAUAGCAGGGCUCUGUGUGCCCUCCAGCCAGUCCCUGCUGCUUGUAAGCAGAACAUAAAGCCCCUGGUACCAGGAAAUGCAGGGUUUUUUUAGGAAAAAGCUCAUCCUGGCUGACUCUGGGCUCCUCUCCCUUACCCCACAGAGCCCCUUGUCCUGGCCUGGGGAACAGCUGAGCUCAAAGGAGAGCUGCCUCCAUGGGGAAGUGCAACCAUGGACAGACAGUUCCAAAAUGCAACUCAAGCCCUUCACCAAAAACUCAAGGGACAGUGGAAUUGGAGAAAGUUUAAAAAGGAAUUGCAAAAAUGGGCAAUGCCAAAACAUGGAUUUAAGAUAUUUAAGAUUAUGGGCAUGGAACAAUGUCCAUAUUUCUAAAUUACCUUUCUUAAUUUAAAAGAAAUAAAGGCUAAAAGGAAACAUUUACACUUACAUUUAGUCUCUGAAAAGCAAUAGUGCUUUAGUCCCAGUUCAGGACAAUAGGAUUUUGAACUCUGGAACCUUCCUGCCAGUCCAUUCCUGCUGCCCACUGCAUAGAAAAGUAGCAAAAACAUCCCAUUAAAGGAGUGGAUUCCUGUCUGUUUAACACACAAAGUGCUUCAGCAACCUCAAAGAAUCACCUUUUUUUUACAAUUGAAUUUAUUAAUUCCUUAUAUGACUAUACAGCAGAGCAGUUUGUCAGAUACACAGUACAAGUCCCUAUGCAGUUUUUUCUUUAAAGAAACCUUCGGGAUCAAAUCCUGUUCUGUCACUGCUGCCAGCAGUGAGCACCUCUGCCUGUGUUGUAACCACUCAUGUUUGCCUUCCUUCCAUGUUGAUUGUAUCCCAAAUCAAACCAGUUGUGUGGCAGAAUGAAUUAAUCAGUGAUGUGAGAAAUACCUUCAAGCAAUAGUGUCUGUCAGGAAAACCACGCACUUACAGUUUGGAUGUUUCUAUGGUCUGGCUUCCUGUAUAAAAGGCUCAGAAGUAAUGCUGUAUUUUACUGUAAACUGAAAUAGUAAUGCAUGAAUUUCUAUUUUUCAAUAUGGUCAAGAUGCCACUCAUUUAAAAUCUGCAUCUCAAAUCGGUACACAAGUUUUCAAUGUCCAGCUCUUAAAUCAGACCUGGGGAAAGACGACUGGGACUUAUUUCCUUCAAACCUGAAAAUGGCAUCAACAUUCCUAUCUCAAAAAUCCAAGAACCUGACACCCUCUGGAGCUCCCUGGGACACUGGAGCUGGUCCUGAGCAACUCCUUGCCACUGCAGAGAGAGAAAAGGGACCGUGACAAACCCACCCUGCACCCACUGUGCUCAGACACUACUGCCACCACCAUGGACAAUGGAUAUUUAUCACAAUGAACUUCAAAUAAACACAAAUAUAUUAAACUUGCCUCAAGAAAGCCAAAUACCGGUGUUAUUUUAUGUCUAUAAGCUUUAUUGAUACUUGGGGUUUUGGGGUUGGUUUGGGUUUGGUUUUUUUUUUUUUUUUUGCUUUUUUGUUGGGUUUUUUUUUUUUUUACAUUUCACAAUGCAUUCCACAGACUUAGUUCAGUACAGCUCAAACUGCAAGUGUAUAAAUUUUCACUUAUCAUUUCUUGCAUAACAGGACAGGGCUUUAAGUUUCCAAACACCAUUUGCAGCAUUAGAUACUCGGUCCACAGAUUAUCAGAGUCUGAGAGCUGGAGAAUUAUUUGCUCAAGAUCAACUACUGUAAGUUUGUGCAACAAAGUGUAUGCUGUAAUUUUCUUUUACUCUAUGUGGAGGUUCUUUGUUCAUCUCUCUUUUGUUGUUUCCAACAGAUGCCAGUGUUUACAGAGACUUUUUAGUUUCUCAAGCUUGUGUGCUCUGGAGCUGGUCCAGGCCUCAGUCAGUUCUCUGAAGUACAAAGCACUGUGGAGCAGCUGAAAGAUCUAAGCUUUGUGAAACACAUAUAUAUAUAUAUUGGCAAUUGAUAAAACAAUAAAAUCACAAUACAGCUAUACUCAUACCAAAAAGGCAAGAUUUUUCAAAACUUGCUAAACUGGUAUAUUCUUCUAAAACAUCUCAUUUUAGAAAAUCUGCAUCAAUCUACACAGACCAUACACAGUGCACAAACUGGGAAGUGUUGUCCUCUGCCCCACCUGCUCUACACCUCCGGCACGCAGCAGGAACUACCUGUGCUGAAGCAAAUGUACAGCUGUCUCAGUCGUUUGUAUUAGCCAGUGCUGCACACAGGAUAAGGAAAGAUGAUUAGUUUUAGAUCCAUACAUAGCAGCUUACAAUACUUAAGAUGAU